CCUUUUUUUUUUUUUUCCCAGUACUGAGUAUUGAACUCAUAGCCUUUACAUUGCGUGAUAUCCCCUGCCCUUUGAAAAAAUAUUUUAAAAUUCUAAGACAGCAUCUCACUAAAUCUCUAGAUUGCCCAGGCUGCCUUGAACUUCUGGUCCUCCUGCCUCAAUCUCCCAGAGUCAGGGAUCCCAGGCAUGUGGCAUGGUGCCCCUGGCUGAUGCUAACAUGGCCUAAUAAGGCAUCUGAGUUUCCUAUAGCCAACACCUUCCCAGAGAUGCUGACCUGAUGCUAAGCUGCUGCUUCUGGGGCCACAUUUUGACCCUCGAAGCUGGACCACAGCGUCAGGCCAGCCGCAUCAGCAACACCUGGGAUUUGUUAGGGGUGCAGACUUGGGCCCCACCCCAGCCUGCUGCCUGGGAAUCUGCAUUGCACCGGAUGGUGGAUGGCGGUGACUGCUGCUAUGUGGCCACGGGUCAGGUGUUACCUGAGGCUUUUCCUGUCCUGGUCCCAGGUCACUCCAGCUAAUAGCCCGGGAGAGUGGCCAGGAGAGGGCUUCUGGGCUUUGGACCUCCGCCUGGAAUUUCCCUUUAUCCUACUGUGCUCUGACUCUGGAUCCAGAGCUGGAUUAGGAGGAGGACCUCACUGUGUGUUUCUGGCUAACCUUACAGCACCUCCCGUCGCCCUGGCAGUGCAGGAUGGGAACUGACCAGAAUAGCCGCAGCGGCCCCUCCCUGACUUCCUGGGAGUCUUGCUGGCACCCAUGAGGCAGCCUGUGUCCUGCUGUCCCUGUGGGUUCCCACCCCCAGCACCAGCUCCUGCGGUAGAUGAGAGGUGGGAGCCAGGCCAGCUCCAGGAAGUUCUCCGAGAGGCUGUGAUUUGUGGGCCGGAUGGGAGAGUGUUCAGUGAACCACCCCAGCAGUGCUCCUCUGCCGCCUGGGCGCCUGCCAAGUGCUGGGGACACAGAGUCGGGCAGAGAAAGCACACAGUGAUCAAACAGAGAUCAAACAGGACCCAAACUACACGUGAUCACGAGGAAGUGCUGCCUUUGAGAGCCCAGCACAGAUGUACAAAGGGGUUUGGACCUUAUCUGAGGGUGACACCAAGGGACCCAGGUCACCACUGGGCAGAGCAGGUUCGGAUCACUCUGGAACUGACUUGGCGAAGAAGGUGGAUGACUUGGAGAGCUGAGCUAGUUUCCUUCCUCUGCUACUGGGUGGCGUCCCAUCGGCUAAGUCAGUUCCCCCUGCCCUGCUGUGAUGUGGAGAACAGCCCGGCUAAGAGCACACCUGCAUCUCUCUCUGGGGCUUGUCUUCCAGGACACAAGGUCUCCAGGACCCAGGUGACGCCGCCGUGGGGUUGCACCUGGGGUCUGUGCAAGGUAGACACGCAGCUGUCACACAGGCUUGUGGCCACCGGGGUGUGUGUGGCAGGCUGUGUUCUGCAGACGAGAGCCCCCGUGGUAUCAGCCUCCCAGUGUGUUUGUAAAGAAAUCGCUGACUUUAAGAACUUUAUUUUGAACAAAUUCUAUUCAUAGGAAGUUAAAAAAAAAGGAAGAAAAACCCCAAACCAUUCAGAAGGUGCUAUGAACCCUUAUUGUGUGCCUGCAGUAGUACCGUGUUUUAUACCACACAGAUUGAGCAUCCGUAACGUGAAAACCUAAAAUCCAAAGUGCUCCAAAACCUGGAACUCCUUGUGUGGAUGACACUACAGAUGGGAACCCACGCCCGACCCCAUGUGAUGGUCACAGUCCAAACACAAGUGCACUGAAAUUAUAGUAUGAGAUGACCUCCAGGCUAUGGGUGCAAGGUGUCUGUAUGACAGAAAUGAAGAUCAUAUUUAGACUUGCAACCUAACCUUCAAGAAAUCUCAGCAUGUGUGUGAGAAUCUUCAAAAGUCUUGAAAAAAAAUCUGAAAUUUGAAACAUUGAUUCCCAAGCAUUCCAGACAAGGGAUACCCUACCUGUAGAACAACAUAGAAAUCAGGAACUUGACAUUGGUAUGAUCCACAGAGUUUACUCUGACUUCACUAGUUAUAUGUGUGUGUGUGUGUUUGUGUUACUUCAUCACGUGUGUAGACCUUUGUGACAUCAAAGCCUUAUAUCCACCCACCCCACAACCUGGAAAACACUAAUCUAUAAUUCUGUCUCUUCAAGAAUGUUCUAAAGAAGGAAAGCAUGGAAACAAAGCUUUGUAAAUGGGGAGAG